AUGCCCGGCAAGCAGUCCGCCAAGUACCAAAUCACCAACUACUGUUUCGACGUCGUUGCGCCAGAUGAUAACUCUGCAUUACUCACGACGAGCGACUUACUCACUCCGGUCUCCGUAUCUCCACACGGUGCUCUGCCGCCUUCGUUCAUCCUCGAGAAACAGGAUAGUGGCGCCUUUCACGUUCUCAUACCUGGAGGCCCAACAACUACGACACGGAAAGCCAUUGCAUUUAACAAUCUCCUCUAUGCCGAGCGCAUCCCCACUAAUGAAGACCAGAAGGCCCCGUCUGUACCAGGCAACGGUAAUAUCGAGUGGGAAAUACUGUCUACUGUCCGAGAGGGGACGUCCCCUGAUUACACAGAAAUUAACGGAAUAUAUAUGAUUGCCGUCGAAGUCGUCGAUCUCUUCACUGCCAACCUGAAAGACCCCAUUGUCGAGCGAGCCUACUCCGUCUCGCUCGAACCUAAGUGGAGGCCUCGACAGUGGCUCUGGCGCAUCACCCCUAUUGAUCCUGACUCUGGUUUUUAG